AUGCGUGUCACCCGUCUCGACGAGGACCACAGCUGGGUCUGUUCUGCUGGAGAUGACGGCUUAGUCAAAGUGCACGACGUACGACAGAAAAAUGCUGUUAAGACCUAUGAGAACAGAUUCCAGCAAUUGGCUGUAACAUUCAAUGAUACAACAGACGAGAUCUUUGUUGGCAGCCCAACAGACGAGAUCUUUGUCGGCAGCAUUGAUAGUGAUAUUUAUUGUUGGGAUAUGAGACGCGAUGAUAUUUCUUAUGUAAUGCACGGCCACAAGGAUAUAAUUACUGGUUUGGCACUCAGUCCAGAUGGGAAGUUUUUGCUGUCUAACAGUAUGGACUGCUCAGCGAAAAUGUGGGAUGUAAGACCUUUUGCACCACAAGAGCGUUGCCUUAAAUCGUUCUAUGGCCAUCAGCACAAUUUCGAGAAGAAUCUACUGAAAUGUGGUUGGUCUGGUGAUGGUAAACGAGUGACGGCUGGGUCAAGUGAUCGAUUUGUGUACGUAUGGGAUGCAUCAUCUCGCUAUAUACUUUACAAACUGCCAGGGCAUUUAGGAUCAGUGAAUGCCACUGAUUUGCACCCAACUGAGCCUAUAUGUAAGUUUCUCUGGUCAGUUCUUCACGGCAUUUUAUAA